AUGGCAGAAACUGCUCCGAAAACCGGCGGCAUACUCGCACUAGUCGUGGUUGAGAACUGGCAUACCAUCCUUUCCUUUCUUCUAGUUACCAUUUCCACCAUUGUAAUCGCUGCUAUAACUCUUGACGUCCGCCGGCAAGGCCAGGAACAAGAGCCUCCAGCGGGCUGUCGCCGACUCGGGCUUCCUCCAGGAAAGUCAAAUCUCCGAGAUCAGUAUGAUCCAAAAUACGCCAAAGGCAGCGACAAAGACAAGUCAUCAUGGAAGGUCAAGGCUUUGAGUAUCUAUCCGGUCAAAAGCUGCUUCCCCGUCGAGCUCGACAGUGGCGAGGUCAUCCCCACUGGGAUGAAAUACGACCGCCAAUUCACCUUCGCUCAGCUCAUUAGCUCCGUGGCGAAGGACGGCAGUUGGGAGAUAAACCACCAGUGGUCUUUCGUCACUCAGCGCCAAUCACCGCACCUGACCAAGGUGACGACCGAGCUCUGGGUUCCUGACCCUUCGUCACCCACUUAUUCUCCGAACGGCGAGUGGGUCAAGAACGAAGGUUGCAUUGUCAUUUCAUUUCCGUAUAUGGAAGACAAGCUUUGGAUCAGCGACAGACUCGAGAGGCUCGGUGCUUUCAUCCGCAAGAACAUGUUGAUGCAAACUCACCUAGACUACGACGGUCCACGCGUUUGCUUCCGAAUUCCCUUUAACCCGACCCCGGAGCGCAUCAAGGAGAAAGCCUACCCACGUGAACCCAUGAAGAUCUGGGACGAGUGCCCCGAGGCACUCAACAUGGGGGUUGAGAUCCCUGAAGAAAUACUUGCCAAGCUGAAAUAUGCACUUGGAAUAUCAAAUCAGCUAACCUUGUUUCGCGUCGACCCUCUACGCUUCCGCGAAGUCUACCGCUGCGCUCCCAGAAAAGGCCAGGAAGUGGAGUACCAGCCUGUCGUCGGCAUGGCAGACGCAUACCCCCUCCAUAUCAUCAAUCUUGCCAGUGUCCAUGAUGUCGCCUCCCGACUUCCGAAACCUACUCGCCUCGACGCCAUCCGCUUCCGUGCAAACAUAUACGUUACCGGUCCACCGACAUAUGCCGAGGACCACUGGCGCGUCGUUCGCAUCGGCUCACGGCGCUACCAUGUUAGCUGCCGCACGGCGCGUUGUACAAUGAUCAAUGUCAAUCCAGCAACUGCGGAGCGAGAACGCAAUGAGCCGUACAAGUCCAUGUCAGAGUACCGAAAGAUUGACUCCGGCGCGGCGAAGUGGCCGUGUUUGGGCAUGCAGAUGGUGCCGAUGAGUGGAGAUGAAGGGGAGAUCAGAGUUGGGGAUGAGAUCGUUGUGGAGGAGGUGGGUGAACAUUGUUAUAUCCCCCAGGGUCCGUCAUAG